AUGCUUUGCAGAGUGUGUCGUGAGGUCCUUCAAGGCAUCUGGGAUACGCCCAAUACUAGAAAGGUCUGCCGAGUUGACGAAUAUUUUGGCCCUGAUUUGCUGGAGCUUCUUGGGUUGGGUGAUCGUGACUUCAGCCGCCCAGAUAACUUCAUGUUUGGGCAUCACGCAACUUCUGAGUCCUUCCAGAUGUCAGUGCGAGAUGGCUGCUCUCUAUGUUGUAUAUUCAAGGAAGAGCAGGAAGCUCACCCUAAAGCCAUUGAGUUAGGGUAUUAUUCCCUCUUCAGAAUUGCAUCUUUGGAUGACAUGCCUUCCGUAAAUUUGUCAGUCGGUGACAGAUACGAGGGCAUCAACCUAUAUGACGAUCUCAACCUCAACCUUGGUACUUCUACUGGAGAUGAGGCCACUUGGGAGGUAAUAAAAAAUUGGCUAUAUAAUUGCCUUGACAAUCAUGAGCGCUGCAACCAACCAACAAGCUACCUUCCACCUCGUCUACUUCGGCUUGAUAAGCCUACUGGUACAUUUCAUAUAACAAAUGGAAAUACCAUUACACCAGGGGCUCAAUAUGUCACUUUAUCCCAUUCUUUUACUCGCAACAACUUCCAGCUCACGGAGUCGACAUUAUCCUCGCUGUCAAAACCGCAGCCUCUAUCAGCUCUCCCCUUAGCCUACCGUGAUGCAUUUACUAUAGUGGAUAGACUGGGCCUUUCCUACCUUUGGAUUGACCAGCUCUGUGUUCUACAAGAUGAUCGAUCCGACCAACUUUUGAAAGCAAAUGAAACCAAUCAAAUCUUCUCUCAGGCACUUCUUGGUAUAUGCGCAGUGGGCUCUACGGAUCCCUAUUCUGGACUUUUUACUGGACGUGAUCCAGAUCUCAUAAUCCCAACCAUACUCAAAUCUCCUCUCACCGGUUUUGAGGCGACUCCAUAUAUUCUGACGACAAAUAAGGAGUUGGUUGGUGCUCACGCAUUUCAUAAAGAGCCAGCAUCUGCAAACGCACAGAUUUUCCGGCAACGCCUCCUGUCACCACGGAUGGUCCAUUUCGGCCAACGGCUGGUGUACUGGGAAUGCUAUGGCGCUAUAUGUGAUGAGGUCAACCUCAGUGGCUGGUCUACUCCUGCGGGGUUUUCUAUGGGCCGUGAGGGAGAGACGGCUGAUGAUCAUACCUCCUUAACCGAAUGUUGGAAACCGCUCAUUGGUGUGGAGUUUCCGGUCAAGCAAAACUACAUUGAUCAGAUCUUUACGCGCUGGUUCCACCUUCUACGUGAAUAUUCACGCUGUGCUGUGGCAUCAUCAGACGAGAAGUUACAGAAUAUUCAGGUUGUGGCAGAGAAUAUGAAGCGUUCAUUACAAGGGCAGGGGUGUAACGACACCACAUACCUCGCGGGAAUGUGGAAGCUAAUGCUUCCUACGGGAUUGGUGUGGAGUGUAUCUGGUGCGGGAACGCGGCUAGCAGUAUCUCAGGUGCCGUCGUGGAGUUGGGCAUCCGUGGAUGGUAUUAUUGACUUUCACAUCAGUUGUCCGACAAAUGCUAACACUCGGCUUUUCUGUGAGCUUGUAAGCGUGGGCAUGAGUUUAUCUGCCGAGGGUCUGCUGGACGGUGCAAUCACUCUCAGAGGGAAACUGGCCCUUGCAAAUCUGAGAACUCAUCCCGGGAACGGGGAUGAAGAGACGCUGCGUGCAGUUGCAAGUUAUCUAGAUCAAUCGGUGGACUACGCUGGUGGAGAUCAUCGUGGAACAGUCUUGUUUGAUACGAAGAAGGAUGUUGCUAGGGAAGUCUUCUGCUUCCCUAUUUCGGGAACAUGGGGUACAGCAGACACAUACUCGUUUAGCGGACUGGCUCUAUCUCGGAUGAGUGAUGGGACUUAUCUUCGGUGCGGUGUAUGGACGUUUGCGGGAACGAAGAGAGAGCAUGCUCUCAUGCUUUUUUAUAAUCUACCACCGGAGCAGGAGAUCACGAUCGUCUAG